CGGGAGGAAGAUGGCGGGAUCCCUAACUGCAUCAGUCCACCGAGGAAACGCGGAGGCUUCAGAAACCUUCCGAUGGUUAAUCAGCUUCGCUCGUUUCAUUCCGUUUCCGUGUUCUCCAUCUCCUUAUCCAGGACUCGUUCCUCUCGGAAAGAGAGAGCUGAGUUCGUCGCCCGAUGGGACGUGGCUGUCGACGUCUUUCUCGAAGGUGUAUGUCACUCUCGUGGACGAAGUGGACAGAUCCGAUGUGAUUCUCUCCGUUGAACUCUCCGGAAAAAUCCUCGAAGAGCACUACAUUUCGAAGCUGAAUUUCUCGUGGCCUCACAUGACGUGUGUUUCGGGGUUUCCAUCUCGUGGUAGCCGAGCGAUUCUCGUUAGCUACAUGGAUUCUUCAAACGAGAUUCAAAAGUUCGCUUUAAGGUUUUCCUCAUGUGAUGCAGCGGUGACCUUUGUGGCAGCUCUUAAGGAGAAACUCAAGGGCUUUGAGGAAGCUGGGAUCCAGGAACGUGAGUUCGAUACUAGUUUCCAGUCAGAUUACAACCCUGGAAAUGAGAUUAUCCCCAGAGCGACUGAGGAAGAGCCAAACAUGGUAAACUAUCUUGGUAGCUAUGUCCCUGAAAGGCAACCAAGGCUUGAGUAUCAAACUGGUCAAACCUUUUACCAAUCACAGUUCGCCACUGUGGAAGAGCCAAACAUGGUGAAACGUCUUGGUAGCUAUGUCCCUGAAAGGCAACCGAGGCUCGAGUAUCAAACUGGUCAAAUCAUAUACCCGCCACAAUUCGCCACUGUGGAAGAGCCGAGCAUGGUUAAACAUCUUGGUAGCUAUGCCCCUGAAAUGCAACCAAGGCUGGAGUAUCAAACUGGACAAAUCUUAUACCCACCACAACAGUCCACGCUUAGUCAAAUUCGUAACGAGCCUUUCAGUGACCUCCCUCCAAGUUUCACCACCUUACUCUCUGGUUGCUUCCCUAACUCCACUCUAGAUGCAGGCCAAACAACUGUGAAGCAGGAUCCUGAUCUAAAGUCACAGAUACUGAAGUACAUGGAUGAUUCUUCAUUUCAAGAUAUGCUGCAGAAAGUAGAGAGGAUUAUGGAAGAAGUAGGAGGUAACUGGAUUGUCUGAGUUUCAUCUCAUAUAUAUAUAUAGGUACUCCCAAUCUUACAUUCCAAAUCCAGUAUUGUGCUUGAUGAAACAUAUAUGGUUUAAUCUGAACAUAUAUUAGACAUUGUUGGUUUUCAACUUGUGAAUGAGACCACUAUAUACUAGAACAUUUCUGAAUAUC